GCUUCGAUUCAUUUUGUGUGCGCCGAACAAUCCGAAGCGUUCGCAUAGUGUCUGGCAUUUUGUAAAGAAAAACGUUUCUCCGGUGAUUGUGUUUCAAUUGUGUAAUUUUAUGUGUAGAUUAUGCUGUGUUAUUAAAAAUACUUGUGUUUAUGUUUGUGGUUUUUGUGCUAUCUGUGUACAAAGUGUAACCGGUAAAUUCAAGUAAAAUUAUAACGUUUUUGCUAUCAACGAACAUUUGGAAAGGAGCCAUUUGCCCCAAAUUGUUUUUUUUUGCGUUUUGCUUUUGGCAACUUUGAGUAAUAAGAAAAAAAACCAGUUGUAAUCUUAAAAUAGUAUAAUGGCUCCGAAAAAGUAUAAGAAAAAUCAAAACAACAAAGGCCCGUACUAUUUCUUCAUGAUGGAGUACAAGAAAAAACACGAAGCCAAUGGUUAUGUCUUCCGUGGAGGCGCCCAUGAGGUCCAGCAGAAGGCGUCGCCGUACUGGAAUAACAUGACACCAGAAGAGAAGGAACCGUAUAACAAGAUGGCUAUUGAACAUAAAAAAUGGUGCCGAGACAACGGAGAUAAGUACACAUCGCAAGGCAUCCCUCUGAAAAUGGUGGAAGCUGAGAAGCAAUCCGCUAUGCAAAGGGAGGAAAGCAUGAAGACUACGGUUAGAAGCAUGCUGGAUACGGCAGUUGCCAAUAAUGAACUCGAGAAGGUGGAGUUCUAUUUCAUUUCGUUUGCAUAUUUCUGUGUAACUUCGAACGGAACUUAUAUCCCAGCGGAAAUGGGGUUGGUGCGCUUCAGCUUGAAGGAUGGCAUCAAGGAUAAAUUGCAUAUGUUAAUCGAUCCGGGAAAACUUCCCCUGGGAAUGGCUUACGACGCUAAGCAGCACUCGGAGAGUGACCAUCAGCUUCCGAUUCCCCCAGAUGCGAUGGGCGAGAAGGAUAAUGACGAAAUUAUUUUGAAACUGUUUAGUUUUCUAUCAGCGCAGGAGAAAAUGCCACCUCUGUUUACAGAAACUACCGAAGUAAAAAUGGUUGAAAAUAUUUUAAAAGGAAUUUUGAAACAGGGCGCCUUGGAUGAACACACUUUGGAAGUGUACAAACUGUCCGAGCUGUUCUUUCAAUUGAAGCAAGCGACUGAGAACUUCGGAAUGGACGUUAAGAUUUUCCCAUCGGUGCAUAUUGCACAGGCAAUUAUUCAGAAGGAUGUGUACGAGUACACAAAAGAUAUCGCUUGUGAAUUCCACGAGGACAUGGGUAACGGCAAGUACUGUCCUUUGUCCAAGUGUGUCCGAUGGGCUUUUAUCAUUUCGGACAGCUGUUGUUUGGAUUUGAGCAUAGAGAUGAAACCUGGAAAGCAUUUACCUUCGAAUGCGAACACCGCGCUCAACACCACAUCCGACAUGGGAGACAACAGUUCGUUCGUCAGCAUGUCGGAUGAUCGCUCAUACGUGUCCUCGUCGGAGAUCACCCAUCUAACGAACCCGAAGAUGCAUAAGCUGCCGAAGAGUCACUACGACUCGUUUGACGACAGAGGUUCCACCUUGUAUAGUCACAGUCGCGGAUUGGGCAGGUCAUCGGUUUCGAGCUAUGACACGGAUCGCAAGAUCAAAGAAGAAACAUCCUCUUCGAUGGACACUUCGAUGAAGUACGAAAGCUCGAGCAGCAGCAGCCGUCGAGAUCCCAGAAAUCCUUGGGGAUCGUCCUCAUCAUCUACUCGUCGCGCUUCACCUCCAAGGCGUGACUCGCACGAUUCGUCCGAUCGGUACGAUCGGGGCGGAUCAUCACGCGAAAAGGACUACUACCGCAGCAGUCGCGAUCGUCGUGAGUCGCCCGAUCGUCGCUACCGUGGGGAGAGCAGUCGCAGCAGUGUAGAGUAUCCGGUGCUGGUUAAACGCGAACAGCGCUCCUCUGGAUCUGAUGAUGACGAAGAGAUGCGGCCAGUUUCGCGCUCGGGCGGCUCGCAACGUUCGGUCGGAGGUUAUGGGCGUGGCUCGCUGGGUUCGACCUACGCGGCACCAAGGUCUCCUCCCGGCAGCAGGGUAGGUUUUUCGGACAAUGAUUUCCCAUCAUUAGGGUCCGUGCGCAGUGCUGGCCGCGGUCAGCUGAGAAAGUAAGAAACUAAAACUCUCGUCGACAAGACAAACAAUUUAUCAGGGCGGAACGGUUUGGCCGAAUGAUUACAUUUUUUUAUCAUCGUAAGUAACAAGAACCUCCGGCAGGGUGGGUUCGCUAUCUACGUUCUAAGGCAAGUUCGCUAUAAUUGUACAUUAAGUUCACCAACCGUUUUGAUUUAUAUUCGCUGUUUGUUUUAUGUUUUGCGUUCUUCAUUUUUGUCAAUUGAUUUCUUUAUCAUUUUUGCAUAUUCUACAUUUUCAAAAAUAAGACAGGAAAGUAAGUCUAUAGGUUUUUAUCGACAAUAUUGUGACAACCAAAUUUUGAAGAAUCCCUAUCGAGCGUUAAAGUUUGUUAACAUAUAUUUUUCAUGCCUCGUACCCACAAAUCUAUGUUUUUUGUCUGAUGUAUGAUGAAUACAAAAUGCACAUUAAUAA